GGGCGGGGCUUUCUCGGCAGCCGGAACUCCCCUCUCUAGGUUGCUUGGGCAGCCUGGGGCUGGUGAGUUGGGCGCCAGCCUCGCUGCGGUGGCCGGCGUCGUCCACCGCGUUCCCGCAGCAGUGGGCGCCCUCUCCGCGUCGCUCCGCAGGUGGGCCGCAGGGCGCUGUGCGGGGUAGGGAUCACACCCUAGGUGAGCGAGCACAGGUCCAGGCGGAGGGGAGAAACUCAGGCGGCUGUUCGACCUUAGGCAAGUCUCUCAUCUUGCAAUUCCUGGCAUUGAGGAUCCUUGUCGUCUGCGCUUUGAGAGAGUUUUAAGGUUCUCAUUCUGUAUACGAAUAAUGCUGUGAAUGUAUCAAGGAGUUUUUUUUUUUUUUUCCGGGCUCCGGUGACUGAAGGAAACUCAGUGGAUUAAGGAACCUCCAGCUGCUCUAUCCCAUGGCCAAGGGUAUCGUCCCUGUGGAAGACCAACCAGGAAUUCAAAGCCUGAAGCUGGGGCUAGAUCCUCUGCUGUCCCCAUCAUGGUCAAUGACCCACCAAUACCUGCCUUCCUGUGGGCCCAGGAAGUAGGCCAUGUCUUGGCAGGCCGUGCACGCAGGCUGUUGCUGCAGUUUGGGGUGCUCUUCUGCACCAUCCUCCUAUUGCUCUGGGUGUCUGUGUUCCUCUAUGGCUCUUUCUACUACUCCUACAUGCCGACUGUCAGCCACCUCAGCCCUGUGCAUUUCCACUACAGGACAGACUGUGAUUCCUCCACCGCCUUGCUCUGCUCCUUCCCUGUUGCCAAUGUCUCACUGGCUAAGAAUGGACGUGAUCGGGUGCUGAUGUAUGGACAGCCAUAUCGAGUCACCCUAGAGCUUGAAAUGCCAGAAUCCCCCGUGAAUCAAGACUUGGGCAUGUUCUUAGUCACUGUUUCAUGCUAUACCAGAGGUGGCCGAAUCAUCUCUACUUCUUCACGCUCAGUGAUGCUGCAUUACCGCUCCCAGCUGCUCCAGAUGCUUGACACACUGGUGUUCUCCAGCCUCCUGCUGUUUGGCUUUGCUGAGCAGAAGCAGCUCCUGGAGGUAGAAGUCUACUCGGACUAUAGGGAGAAUUCGUAUGUGCCAACAACUGGAGCAGUUAUUGAGAUCCACAGCAAGCGCAUCCAGCUGUAUGGAGCUUACCUCCGAAUCCAUGCCCACUUCACUGGGCUCAGGUACCUGCUGUACAACUUCCCUAUGACCUGCGCCUUUGUGGGUGUCGCCAGCAACUUCACAUUCCUCAGCGUCAUCGUGCUCUUCAGCUAUAUGCAGUGGGUGUGGGGGGGCAUCUGGCCCCAACACCGCUUCUCUUUGCAGGUUAAUAUCCGACAAAGGGAUAGCUCUCGACAGGGUACCCAGCAUCGGACCUCUCGCCAUCAGCCAGGCCAGGAGUCUACGCAGCAGUCAGACGUGACAGAGGAUGGUGAAAGCCCUGAAGAUCGCCCAGGGACAGAGGGCAAGCGGUCUGAGGAAGAGAAACCACCACGUCAGCCCCUGAAUGGAGAGGAGGAGCAAGAGCGGGAGGCCAGUGAUGACUCCAUGUUGGGCUCCUUUUACCUUCUGUGGCUUGUGGCUAUGACCACCUCCUUGGUUUCUAAGGCUCAGAUCUUGACCCCCCAAGACUAUGAGGAAGAGGACGAUGAGGCAGUAACUACACCUUCAGUGGCUGUGCCUUGCGACUAUGACCGUUGCCGCCACCUGCAGGUGCCCUGCAAGGAGCUGCAGAAGGUUGGGCCAGUAGCCUGUUUGUGCCCAGGGCUCUCCAGGGAAGAUGAGCAGCCAGACCCUCCGCGGCUGGGAGAAGUGCAAAUUGUGGCUGAGGAAGGCUGCGUGCUUGUCCACUGGUGUGCUCCCUUCUCUCCCGUCAAUCACUACUGGCUUCUGCUUUGGGAAAGCAACGGAGUCCCACAAAAGAGUGGCCCCCUCAAUGCAACAGUUCGGAGAGCAGAGCUGAAGGGACUGAAGCCUGGAGGUACUUACGUCCUUUGUGUGGUGGCUGCUAACGAGGCUGGUGAAAGCCAUGUUCCUGAAGCAGAUGUUGAGAACUGGGCUGACCCUUCCUUUGGGCCUUGUGGAAAGCUUAUCAUGCCGCCUAGACCUCUCACCCUGGUCUACGCAGCCAUGGGAGUGGGCACAGCUCUGGCUCUGCUGAGCUGUGCCGCCCUGGUUUGGCAUUUCUGCCUUCGUGAGCAGUGUGGCUGCCCACGACGUUAGGGUACAGCCCAAGCGUCAGAAGCUCUCUGAUGGGAGUCUCACCGACUAGAAACAACUCCGGUGCAUUCCAGCCGCAUCUGGAGAGACCAACCCACUCCCAGGAGGAGUGUGGGGCCUGCUGCCACCUGGCAUCAGCCUCACAGCCAAGCUAGAGCAGAAGCCCAGGCAAUUGGCCUCGGGACUGAGAGCUUGUUUAGUCCCUAUGGUCACUAUGUCCUCUGAGGUCUAGGAAGGAGUAGCAAUUAUUCCUUGGGGGGUCAGAUGUAAGUGAUUUAAGCUUUAAGUGCUUGAGGGGGUUGAAAUCGCAUACAUAACAUAGGUACUUACAUAUAGCCAGUUAAAAUGGAGCUGUUUAAGGUCCUGCAUGGUGGUCUCUGGAAGCAGAGACAGGCAGAUCUCUCGGAGUUUCCAGGGCAGCUGGAACUACAUAGAAAAAUCCAAGUCUACCCAGAUUAUAUCCUGAGACUCUGUCUCUUAAAUAAAAUAAAACAGUAGUUAAGAACACUGGUUACUCUUCCGGAGGACCAGAGUUCUAUUACCAGCACUCACAUGGCAGCUCAGAACCAUGUGUAAUUCCAUUUCCAGGGGAUCCAAUGUCUACUUCUGACCUCUGCCAGCAGUAGGCACUCACAUACAUGCAUAUAUAUAUAUAUAUAUAUAUAUAUAUAUAUAUAUAU